AUGAGAGUAGCUGCACAGAUUAUUGGGGUUGCUCCUCAGGUCCCAUCGCCACCCCUGACUAGACGCAAGGCCUCCUUAGUCAGUGUCCCAUCGCCACCCCUGACUAGACGUAAUGUCUCCUUAGUCAGUGAGAGUAGAAGGGCGGGAAACACAUGGCGUCCCGACCUUCGCUGUAGUCGGACUCGACACAAGGAAUGGUCAGCCAGUAACCAAGAUGCCUGUAGGAGGUCGUGGAGGCAAGGUCGGGGGUAUACAGAGUUACGGUGUCAGAAAUGGGCAAAACAUCUCCGGGAUCAACGAGGAGAUCGUGUGGAUGUCCAUAGGGUUGGCUGUGACGAUCGCUAUCCUGAUCACGAUGGCACUGUGUUACCUGCUACACGAGAACUGCAAGAAGCGGCACGAGCACGGGUGGCACGCGUGACACAGGCCCCUGCCUCCCCCACGGGAGUACUACAUCACCGUCUAGCGUCGGGCCAGGGGCUGCGGCCUGCUGGCUCACCAGAACCCCGGGAGUCCGCAGAACCCUCCUGUAACGUCUCAACACUCAAGAGUCUGGACCACUCAUACAAUUUAGAGAAAAAUUUAAAGAAACAGAGAAGCUAAGAAUUUGGUCUUUUUACCUAAGUAUUUGUUACGUUAUUGGAAACCAAGUUGAGUAGUGUAUACUUUUGUUGUUUAUUUUAUUAGGAAAGUAUUAGUUAUUUAUAAUAAGUACAUAUAUCCACCGUAAAGAUUAUGAUAGUUAAACUUGAUAUUCCAAUUUUGUUAUCAAACCUAGACAAAUAAUUAAUUAUACAAUAACUAAAAAAACUUAUUUCUAUUUUUUUUUUUUUUUUAAUUCUACCAUGACAUAUCUAUUUAAUUUAAUAUUACUUAAAUGCUAAAUAAAUUAUGUGUCUGGUUGUAAUAAAUUAUACUUAGUGGUUGAUCAUUUUAUAACGCUGUAUUAUAGUAGCAAAAAUUCCUCCACAAAGCUAGAAGGCUAAAUUUAUUUACGAUAUCAACAGGUCAAUUUUCCUCCAGCUUAUUCUUCAAAAUAUUCCUGGAAUACUUUGGCCAUUUCCACUACUGCCAAUUAAAUAUAAUAUUCUUACAGCCUUUCUGUCAGCCUUGAAGUACUAUAUGGAUUUCACUAUUUUACUCAGAACUAUUGCUUUACCAGUCUUAUAGCAUUUAUCAGCUUCAUAUCGGCAUUGAUUGAGAAUAUCAGUUUUAAACUAUCUCAUAACUCAAUUACAGUAGCUUCGGUAUUGUAUCAGAAACACGUAGCAUUUGCCGGGAAUCGUAUCUGGCAAACUUCUAGGCGGCAGCGGCACUCGCUAUCUUCUCCCUGAACUCUGCUACACCUUCUGGGGAUUAUACUGGAAACCUCAUAACUUACUGCCAAGUCCAUCUCACCAAACUCACGUUGGAACAGUGUUAUAUUUUCUCAAUCCACGAUAACCAACACAUUUAUAUAUUCAGACGAAACGUAAUUUAUUGUGGCAAUAAUUUUAUUCUUUUCAAUUACAUUCCAAAUUUAUAAUCCUGAGUUAGGUGUAAGUGUAGGGAAAUCAUCUGUAUAAGUGUAAGUAUAAAGGCAUAUUAAAAGACCUAUCAGUGUUUUAUUUUUGUUAAUAGCAAUUAUAAGUUUCACUGAUUUCUCAUUGACUAUUACGUGGAUUUAAUACAGGGUACUGAUGGUAGAAAAAUAUUUAUUUUGUUCUAACUUUGGAUUGUGUCAAAUUUUACCACUAUAAAUAAAACCGUUGAAAUACUAAGCAAUCAUAACACAUUUUAGUAGCACAUUCCACAGCUUUGUUUAUAUGAUUGCAUUUUGAAAUUAUGUUUAAAAUUUACUAUUUUAAGAGAUUUCAACUAAGUAGUAGGGAUGAGGUAAAGCCCUCUGCAUAGCAUUUGAUGUUUUGAAUGCCAAGCUAAUAAGGCAUAUUUUCUUACUACUUUGAUAGACAUACUCUGAAAAAUAUGGUUUGUAUUAUUUAUGAUUUUUAUGAAGAGGCUUAAAAAGAACAACGAAUAUAAUUAAUAUUAUUAAUACAUUUAACAAAUUCUACCUCAAACACUUUUUUUAAAAUUAUGAUAAAAUGUGCGUAUGUAAAAUACGAUAGCAACAGUUAUAUUUCGGAUAAGUUAUAUUUUUAGAUUGUUUAU